AUGGACUCCUUCGCCACCAUUGUUUCAUCCAUCUUCACCACUCAGCCCUCCGUCGAGGUCCCUGCUGACAACGAGACCGGUGGCGGCAGUGGAAAUGGCGCUUACUGCGUUAUUGCUUGA